AUGGGUUUGCAGUUUGGCAAUUUACCAAUUAGGAUUCGUAGAAUCGUGUAUUACAGUUUAUCACCCACAGAGCAACGGACAUGGGCAAAAUCAAUAACGCAUGGAAUACCUAAUUUAGUAAAUAGAGCAAUGCGUGCGCUCCCGCCGAUGCUUCCAGGUUUUAUAAUGUCGGCUGUAAUUUAUAAGUGGUCCAUUGCAGCACAUGAUCGAUAUAGUCGCAAGGAUCCUAAAUUAUAUGAAAAUGACAAAUAA